AUGAAUCAAACAAGAGUUACAGAAUUUAUUUUGUUGGGUUUUGGAAACCUUCACAGUCUCAAUAUUCUAUUCUUCAUCCUCUUCUUGACCAUCUUUCUUUUGACGGUCGUAGGAAAUCUCAUCCUUAUCGUACUUUUUGCAGUUAAGGCCAAGCUCCAGACCCCCAUGUAUUAUUUCCUCUGUCAUCUUUCCAUUUCUGAUCUUGUGAUUUCUACGAACAUCGUUCCCAACAUGCUCGGUGCCGUUCUAUUGGGAAAGAAAAUAAUGACUUACAUUGGCUGCAUCGCCCAAUUUUACUUCUACUGCGGUACAACCAUUUCUGAAUGUUUUCUUCUUUCCGUGAUGUCCUAUGACCGAUACCUGGCCAUCUGUAACCCUCUUAGAUACUCUAGUAUAAUGGUCUAUAAGUUUUGUAUUGGUCUUUCCCUAUGGCCAUGGCUGCUGGGUUUUACUCUUAAUCUUAUCGGAGUCUUGCCUUUGUCCAACUAUCAUUUUUGCCGUGACAAUAUCAUCGACCACGUCUUCUGUGACAUUUCUCCUCUCCAGAAGCUUUCUUGCUCAGACACUUCUCUUGUAGAACUUGAAGCGUUUCUUUUUUCUAUGCCAGUAUUUAUCGUUCCAUGUGGGUUUAUCAUUGUCACCUAUGUAUAUAUCUUCCUCACCAUAUUUAAGAUACCAUCCACAACUGGCAAACAGAAAACCUUCUCCACCUGUAGUUCUCACCUUAUAAUCGUGGUGACAUUUUAUGGGACGUUAAUAGCUAAAUAUAUGAUCCCAUCUGUAGGACAUUCCUUGAUUAUUAAUAAAAUAGCUUCCUUAUUACAUACUUUAUUUACCCCCUUGUUUAACCCUAUAAUAUAUAGCCUCAGAAACCAGGAUAUAAGGAUGGAAUUGCUACAUUUCUAA